AUGUUGACCACUGUUGCGCGUGCAAAAGUCAGACAAUCGUACAAGAAGUGGUCCAAUGAUUUGCGACUAUUUCGUUGGUGCUACAAAGUAAUUGAAGCGCAAAAGGAAACAACUCACCAUCAUUACGCCAGCGAAGCGACCAUCGAAAUUCCCGAUACCUACAAAUGUAUACGUUUGGAAACAUUCCCGUCAACAACCAUAACUAUAAAUAAGGAACAAGCAGCACGCAUAUAUACACAAAUGGGUGCCAUACGACGCUUGGAAACUGUUGCGAAUGCAAUGUAUAAGGAGAAACUCGUGCGCGGUUUUUGUCACCUCUGUACGGGGCAGGAAGCUGUCUGUGUGGGUAUACAUACUGCAAUGCGUCCCACGGAUCGUCUUAUUACGGCAUACCGUUGCCAUGGUUGGAGCUAUAUGAUGGGUAUCGGCGCAGUGGAAAUACUCGCUGAAUUAGCCGGCCGUGAGGCGGGUUGUCAACGUGGUAAAGGCGGUUCCAUGCAUAUGUACAAUAAAAGAUUUUUCGGUGGUAAUGGCAUUGUGGGUGCACAGGUGCCACUGGGUGCUGGCAUUGGUCUUGCAUUGAAAAAUGAAGCCAAGGGUAAUGUUUGUGUCGUCUUGUAUGGCGAUGGUGCCGCCAAUCAAGGACAAAUAUUCGAAGCAUAUAAUAUAGCGUGUCUUUGGCGUUUGCCGGUGAUUUUUGUUUGUGAAAAUAAUGAAUACGGUAUGGGUACAAAAAUGAAUCGUGCUGCAUGUUCUAUCGAAUAUUACACACGUGGUGUACCAUUGCCUGGUAUUUACGUUGAUGGUAUGAACAUUUUGGCAAUGCAUAAUGCUGCCAAAUUCGCUAUUGAUUUUGUACAAAAAGAAGGACCCAUUAUUAUUGAAGCGCAUACAUAUCGUUACUUUGGUCAUUCUAUGUCCGAUCCAGGUACCAGCUACCGGUCACGUGAGGAAGUUGCUGAAGUGCGUAGUAAACGUGAUCCCAUUACCUCUUUCAAAGAUUUAGCUAUUUCACAAGGCUUGCUAACAGAGGAUGAGUGCAAAAAAAUAGAUGAGGACAAUCGAAAGAACAUCGAUGCAGCAGCUGAAAAGGCUAAACAAUCUAAAGAAGUAAAAGUGGAAGAAACCUGGGCGGAUGUAUAUAUGGAAAGUAAGGAAGCGGGUAUACGUGAUACAAUCGGGAAUCGGCAGAAACAUUUCCAUGCUGGCAAGACACUUGAAAAGGAUCAUAUUAAGUUAAAGUCAUUUAAGCCGGAUACUAAAUUCGAACCAAAGGGUGUACCAAUGGAAAUAAAAGAAUGGGAGGCGCAAAUGGAAGCGAUAAAGGAUGUAGAAAAAGGUAAAAAGAAAACAACAAAAUCGGAUGAGCCUGAGAAGAAGUAAUUUUUUAGCAGCAAAAAAUAUUAGUAUGUAAAACAUUUUUUUUAUCAAAAUUGUUUUUAAAAUAUAAUACUUAUAAAAUUCUAUGUACAUAUUUAAUUUUAUGUAACGAUUUAAAAUAAAUUGUUAACUUCGAAAUCAAAAAUAUGC